AUCCACAUCAACACAACCCCACUUCAACUCCUCUCUCUCUCUCUUUCAAUACCAUAUCAUCCAUCACCAGCUUUUCUUGAUCAAUUUCUAGAGAGAGAAAAUAGCUAGCAACAUGGAUCAAGAAGGCACAAAAUCAUCAUCAAGAAAUUACAACCAAAGUGAAGAAGAUUUGUUGGAGCUAAGAAGAGGGCCAUGGACAGUUGAUGAAGAUUUCACUCUCAUCAACUACAUAGCCCACCAUGGCGAAGGCCGUUGGAAUUCCCUAGCUCGCUCUGCAGGUUUGAAGAGAACCGGAAAGAGCUGUAGAUUGCGGUGGCUGAACUACUUGCGCCCCGACGUCCGCCGCGGCAACAUCACUCUAGAGGAGCAGCUCCUCAUUCUCGAACUCCAUUCUCGCUGGGGCAAUAGAUGGUCGAAAAUUGCACAACAUCUGCCGGGGAGGACAGACAACGAGAUCAAGAACUACUGGCGCACACGUGUGCAAAAGCAUGCGAAGCAGCUGAAAUGUGACGUGAACAGCAAGCAAUUCAAGGACACCAUGCGCUACCUUUGGAUGCCGAGAUUGGUCGAGCGCAUCCAAGCCUCGGCCGCGGCCCCCUCCGCCUCGGCCCCUUCUUACACCGCGAAUCCCGACGUCGGCCCAGCCCAAAUCGCGCCCGCUUACCCCGGGUUCACUCGGGAGAACUCGAGCACGGCCGCCUCCUCCGACUCGUUCGGGACGCCGGCGUCGGACUUAACCGAUUGCUACAAUAAUUACCCGGCGAGUCACGGCGGCAAUCAGGAUGGCUAUGAUCCGGCGAAUUGCAAUAAUAAUCAAUUUAGCUACGGAGAUCAGUCUUUAACUAGCCCGAGUGGAUACUUCAAUCAAGGGCUGGAUUUUGCCGGAGAGUGGGCGAUGAACGGCGGAGAUGCGACGGAGAGUUCGUGGAGUGCUGAUGAUUUGUGGUUCUUUCAGCAGCAGUUCAAUGGGAGUGCUUGAGAUUGAUUAUAUAUGAAAAUAUAAAUAUGUAUGUAGUUAAUUAAUUAAUCAACAUUUUAUCACAAAGGAUACAUAAACCCUAGAAAUUAAAAUAGGUUCAUGUCUUGAUAGUAUUUGUGGAGAGGGGACAAGGUCUAUCAGCUUUGAUGAUAUAUUAGUUUUUAUGAUUGUAAUUCUUUUUUAUUUUGUUUGUGGGGGAUAAAUGAAAGGAAUUUGUAACUUCAUCAUGGUGAACUGAGAUUCACUACAAGUGUCUAAUUACUUAUUUUCUUUUGUUUAAUGAUUUAGCUUUCAUAUCUUUCUUUCUA